AGAGAUGGGUUAUUUUUUGUAUUGAUAAUAAAAGUAUUAAUUGUUGUAUCUAUAGAUACAUUUUAGUCUUUCAUAAAAUAACAAAUCAAUGUUAAACAAUAAACAUGCCAUUUUUCUAGUAACUGUGCCACACCAUGUUAAGUUGUAGUCAAUGAAAGCGAAUCAAUUCUGUUUAAAAAAUAUAUAUUGACCACAUUUUACUAAGAAAGGACGUCUAUAAUAACAUAAUGAUUGGAAAAGUGCAACAAAAUAGUGAAGAAAAAACUAUAGAGGAUUUUUUAUUCUUUUUAGUGCAUUUUAAAGAAGCAUUUGAUUCGUUAAAAUCCGAAAGUGACAAAGAAAUAUGCAAGAAAUGGCUAGAUAAGCUUGCAAUUGAAACGUAUAAGAGUACAAAUGAAAAACAAGUACGUAAUAUAUAUUUGUCGCAACUUAUUCUAAGUAUGAACGACCGUAAAUUGACCGCUCCUUUCAACGAAAGUCCAAAACCCGGUCCACUGUCAUUGGAUGGCGUAUUUACGAAAAUUACUGCCAAACCCAGUUUAGAGAUCGAACAAGAAAAAGAAAUCAAUGAAAACAAAGAGAAAUGGACGCAAUUCGUUCGAAAUCGAGAAUUAGAAAUGGUCGACUUGAAUCAUUUGUCUAACGAUGGACGUACAUACAUAGCGUGCAAGACUUUGCCUGAAAAUGGCGGAUUAUUCGCAUACGUUGCCGUGACGGUGGGUGGCAAUACGGGCUGUUGGGUUAAUAUGUGCGGUCGGCCAAUUCCAACACCUGUAGUAAAACCGAUAGACUUAAAAGUGGAAAUGUCCAGCGCACCGAAAAAAAUUUGCGAACAAGAGGACAAAGUGUAUCAACUAACGGCCGAAGUUAGAGCAAUUUUAUCAAAUCGAAAGUCACAAGAAUCCCGGAUGCUGACUUAUGAAUUUUUCAAAAGAUUACAUAAUAAUAUUGAACAGGAGAUGUUGUCUGAAGUGGAUCCUAACAGUACUGCUUGCCACGAUCCGCACGUCGAGGCGCUACUUGAAAAACUAAUAACUGAAAGCAAAGGAUGUGAGAACUUCAACCCUCACUUAUUCAAACGUAUAAAAAUGCUUUCGUUGUUGAAAAAGAGACUGAAAAAUAUGCUACAAGAAAUCGAAGAGCGCAAUCAAAAACUUUCGAACCACGUAAUCGCAUCGACUUCUCCGACAUUAUCUCUACUCAGCCCGGCGUCUACCUGUUCAAAUUCUAUGACCGAAAUGAUGUGGCAGGGAGCAUUAAUGGAAAAACCCACUAGCAAGAUGGCGGACACGCUGGCCAAGACAUAUCCCGCCUGUGUGGUUAAAAUGUAUAAAACGAUCUAUGUCGAUUUACCGACACGCAGUUGCUUUACCAUACUCACAUCAUUAUACUGUUAUGUACAUAUUAUUACUUUAAACCGCAGGUUGUUGGCUCUAUUGGCGCGGGAACGCCGGAAAAUCAUAAACCAGCAGCAAGCAAAGCAAGAAAAACUAGUAACGUCCGUGAAGAGAGAUUUAUUCAAUGAAAUCAAAAAAGGCAUAAUGGCUUACAAGGUAGCCAGGCAAGAAUGGGUGGAUGUGAUGCGCAUCGUGAUGCAUUACAACAAGAUAAAAGAAAGUUUGACCGAAAAAGACCUCGGCGGCAGUUCCAACAGCACAAAAAGCGAUUAUCUACAGGAAACGAUUCUCAAGGAAAUCGAAGACACCAAGAAGCGGCUGGACAAAGGCAAUGGGAAAAACGAGAAGCUGACGGACGACAUUUGCGAGUUAAACAAGAGCAUACACGUGAUAACCGAAAAAAUAGAACUCGAACAAGUGCAAGCCGAAGACCAAUUGCGUGCUUUCCAAAACGAAAUAUGCACUGAAAAAAGUUUGAUUAUGAACAGAACCCAGACUAUUUCAAAAUUAGAAAAAAUGAUAAAAGCGACGCAAAAAUAA